GCAGCUGACUCGUUUGCGGAGUACUUCGCCUCAGUGUUUCAAGGGGACAUUCCACUCUUGAAUUACGAGCUAGCGGCACAGGGAUCUCCUGGCCCUCCAGUUAGCGCUGCGCGUGUGUCCCUGGAAAAUGUUGAUGCUACAGACAUACGAAAAGCAGCAAGACGUAUAAAAGUGCGAGCUGCGGCUGGACCUGACGAUAUACCUUCUUUUCUUGUGAAAGACUGUAUUUCAGUACUUGACAGUGCACUUUUACACAUUUUCAACAUAAGUUUAAAAAAGGGGCAGUAUCCAGCCUGUUGGAAGGUCUCUAGGGUGACUCCCGUUUCUAAGGGUGGUUCGGGUCGUGAAGUGUCGAAUUAUAGACCCAUAGCUGUGCUGCCGUGUUUCGCCAAAUUGUUUGAGUCAAUCAUAGAAGGCCGCAUCAGCCAACAGAUACAAUGUUGGUUGAAUGACAGUCAGCACGGAUUUCGUCGUGCUCGGUCUACUGUCACCAACCAUGUCAACUUUGUGGACUAUGUCAGAAAUGAGCUAGAUGCAGGUCGCCAGGUUGAUGCGGCUUAUUUUGACUUCAGAAAGGCAUUCGAUUUGGUAAAUAAUGACAUCCUGCUUCAGAAAUGUGGCGCUUUGGGUUUUACGCCACACUUACUGAAAUUUUUAUCUAGUUACCUCCGAGAUAGAAAUCAGUACGUUGAGUGUGGAGGGUACAAAUCCGGACCAUUCUUUACUCGAUCCGGCGUAAGUCAAGGCAGCACUCUCGGCCCUACAUUAUUUACGAUAAUGAUCAACGACUUGCCGGGAGUGGUACGAUCUGCGGGUUGUCUAUUGUUCGCUGACGAUCUGAAGCUAUUUUUGGGAAUAGAGAAUACGUCUGAUCAGGUGUCGUUACAGCGUGACAUUGACGCAGUGGCCGAGUGGAGUGAGACCAAUCAAUUACACUUCAAUACCUCAAAGUGUAAAGUUAUAGCGUUCUCUAGAAGUCGGGUGCCUCUUGUCAAACAAUAUAACAUUAAAGAGACCGUGUUGGAUCGUGUUGACGAAAUAACUGACCUGGGACUGACCUUGGACACGAGACUCAACUUUAGAACGCAUGUCACCAAUAUAUGUAAAAAGGCGAAUAGGGUCCUCGGAUUUAUCAUGAGGGUAUCAAGCCAGUUCAGUGACACUCGUGUUUCGCUGUUACUGUACAGUGCAUACGUUCGCAGCAAACUCGAAUUUGGGGCUUGUGUCUGGGACCCACACGAGAGCAAGUAUACCCUCAUGAUAGAGAAAAUCCAGAGGAAAUUUGCUCGUUUCCUUUACAAGAGGAAGUUUGGGUUUUACCCUUAUCUCUAUCCUUCUUUGUUCGUCAGCGGCAUGGUCGGGUUGGAUACACUAGAGUUGCGGAGGAAAAUGUUGCUCCUGGGGCAUUUUUAUAAGCUACUGUGCAACCAAGUAUCUAACCCGACUGCGCUAGCACGGAUAGGUUUGUCUGUGCCGCCCCCUCGCCGGCUCGGAGUGGAAGGGGAGGGCGGGGCGGUGGUGUCGCGGCGGCGCCGGCGCCUGUUCGCGUGUCCGUCGACGCGCACGCGCUGGGCCGCAAACGCUCCUCUGCAAGAGCUAUUGCUCUUUUAA